AUGUGGUUGCCUACACGGACUGGCGCGUACCUAGGUCCGAGUAUCUCGCGGAAUCAACAGUUUCAGGCACCAACAUUAGCUUUUAUCUCGCGUCAUGCGAAGGCUGUCAUAACUGACACUCUGCGCAAGAUGAUUUGA